ACAACAGUGCAAACGCGCGAACGGCGAACGGCAAAAAUAAUAAAAAUAAAGGAGAAUAAAAAAUAAAAAAGCAUAAAAAUUCCUCAGAUCGUUCGGUGUGCGGCGAACGAACGAGCAACGUGAAUCUUGUGGACGGGCAAAGCGGACAAAAAGCCCUAAAAAUAAAAUAAAAAUAAAAAUAAAAUCAAGCAAAGGUGCGAGACAAGAAAUUAAAUUGAUAAACCUAAAAGCAAAAGCAAACAACAACGACAACAACAACGACUACGAAACCCUUGACCGUGCCUAGUCUCAGAGCCUGGGCAGGACUUGGACUUGGACUUGGACCUGGACUUGGACUUGGACUUGUCGCGCUGCUGUGGCAAUUAUCAAGCGCACUGCAUCAGGCUGGGAAUGCCAAAACGACUGUAGACAAGUCAGCCUGCAUGUGUGUAUGUGUGUGUGUGUGUGUAAGUGUGUGUGUUGUUCUGUCCCAGUGUCUAUGUGACUGUGCUUAUGUGUGUGGUAAAUAGCUCAAAGCCACGAAAUUGCUUUUAUCGGCGCACCAAAAUCGCCAAUUGCAAAAAUUGAAAACAAAACAACAAACUGUUAAGCUAACUGCACAGCAACAGCAUCCGCUAAGGGCCUGGCCUAAACUAAAACAAAAACAAAAAAAUAAACUUAAUAAAAAAAAAUAGAAACAACAACAACAAGCGCAUCGCGUGGAGGCCGCGAUAAACGCCAAAAACUGCGGCAAGAGAACGAGGAAAUUGCUAAAAUAUUACCCCGAAAGGCAUAUUCGCUAUGUACAUACGUGUGCAACGGCCACAGAUACAGACAAUAACAAUAACAACAAAGAGUACGACAACAACAACGACAACAGCAACAACAACAACUGCUACAAGAGCGACAACAACAAUAGCUAAAGCGACGGCUGAGCAAAAUGUAUAAUAAAAAAUUACAACAAGUGAUCGUGCAGAAAAUAGAUCGAUAAAACGACCAAAUAAUAAAAAAAAAAAACUACAAAAAUAAUACGAACUGAACGAGCAAAAAAAAAAAAUAAAUAAAGCGGCGUUGGGCACGUUUUUUUCUCCAGUUGUUGCUGUUUCAAUUUCAAUUGUGGAAAUCGAAGAAAAAUCGCCCAAACCCAAAAGCUUAAGCGUAAUAAACGAACCGGUCAGCGAGAGAGAGAGAGCGAGCGAGGGAGACAGUUGGUGAUAGAACUGGGAAACAGCAUAAAGGAACCCGAAAACCUGAUAAAAAAAAGAGCCCUGGAUCAGGCGCAAUAUUUAUUAAACAAAGCCAGAAAUUAAUUUCACGACUUUCGUCGACGACGACGACGAGUUGCAUCUGAGUUUCAUCUGGUUAACCCUGCCGCUAACCCCUGCGCUGCAUUUGCCCCACCCUGGCCGGCUUCUUUAUGCGCAGCUUGAACUUGCACUGCAUUUGAGAGCGUGACAGCGAAAGAGUUGGAGAGAGAGAUAGAGAGAGAGAGGGAGAGAAGUUCGGUGACUGCAGCAGCAAAAUGUACGACAUCAAGCGCCUAGAAGCCGUACAACAGCAGCAACAGCAACAACUACAACAACUGCCACAACCAAUUGAAAAAAGUCUAAGCGAACGUCUGUGCGGCACAGCGGCGUUGCAACAGCUACAGCUCACCUGCAGCGUUAUAACGCCCACGCCGUAUAACAACAGCAACAACAACAACAACAGCACGCACAUACCAGCGAGCAACUGCAGCGGGAAAGGCAGCGGGCACAGUCCCAUAGAAGCCACACACAUGACGCUACUGACGCUGCGUCGUCGCCGGGCAUUCCAGCGUCGCGCCUGCCUGCUCAGCAUUCUGGCCGCCUUUGUCUUUGGCAUGGCACUGGGCGUCAUUGUGCCCAUGCUUGGUCUGCCCGAUUACUUUGCCAGCAGCUCCAGCAGCAGCAGCGACAGCGCUGAGUCCGUUGUUAGCUCCUUGAAUCUCAGCGAGGAGCCUUCUCCGUUGCCCUACAGCGUGGCCUUCAUACGGGACGAGGCUGUGGAGCUGAGUGCGGAGCAAGUGUUUCGCAAUGCCUUUCACUUGGAGCAGGACAAGAACUCACCGGACUCGAUGGUGGUCAAGAAACUGGACACUAACGAUGGCAGCAUCAAAGAAUUCCAUGUGCAGCGCAUUGCCAAUGGACGUUAUCGCAAGGGACCCGAGCGCCGGCUCUCCAAGUCCGUCCAGCUGGCUGGACGCAGCAAAUCUCUGGCCAAGCCACAGCUAAAGCCGCGCGAGCAACAACUGGCGAGCGAGGGCAUCAUUGAGUCGAACAUCUACUGGGGUGAGCUGGUGGAGCGUGCGCUGCCCAAGGGCUUUGCGGCCGAGGAUCAGCACAGCUGGGAGCGCUAUGUGGCGGGUCAGGGACAGGUGAUGCGGCUGGAGCAGGGCUGUGGACGCAUGCAGAAUCGCCUCGUUGUCUUUGCGGAUGGAACACGCGCCUGUGCACGCUAUCGCCAGAACACGGAUCAGAUCCAGGGCGAGAUCUUUAGCUAUUACCUGGGCCAGUUGCUCAACAUUAGCAAUCUGGCGCCGAGUGCCGCCACAGUCAUUGACACGACGAUGCCCAGCUGGUCCGGUGCACUGGCGGACAUCACGCAGGCGCAGUGGAAGGAACGCAGACCGGUGGUGCUAACUAGAUGGCUGGCCGACCUGGAGCCAGCGGGUAUACCGCAACCGUUUCAGCCACUGGAGCGACAUCUGAACAAGUACGAUGUCUGGAAUAUGACGCAGCAAAUGCAACGGGAGGCGGCCACAACGGGGGGAUUACUCAAGCGACUGGAGGCUGCCAGCAGCCAAACGGUGGAUCAUCAAUCACGCAUGCUUGAGGAGUCGCUUCCAACUGCAUCCUCGACAAUGUCCACCUCAUCCUCAUCCUCGUCGCCUUCAACCGCUCUGCUGCAGCGACUAAUUGAAUUGGCACAAUGGUCCGAUUUAAUCGUCUUCGAUUACCUGAUCGCGAACCUCGAUCGUGUCGUUAAUAACUUGUACAACUUUCAAUGGAAUGCCGACAUUAUGGCUGCCCCUGCUCACAAUCUCGCCCGCCAGAGGGAUACGCAGCUGCUCGUGUUCCUUGACAACGAAUCUGGCCUCUUGCAUGGCUAUCGCCUGCUCAAGAAGUAUGAGGCCUAUCACAGUCUGCUGCUGGACAAUCUGUGCAUCUUUCGUCGUCCCACCAUCGAGGCGCUUCAACGUUUGCGUGCCGCGGACGGAGCAGGAGGAGGAGUUGGAGGUGGAGCGGGACAGCAACUGCGCCAACUCUUUGAGCGCACAACGAGCUCCAAUGUGCGUGAUGUGCUGCCCUCGCUGCCGGAUAAAUCAAUCAAGAUUCUGGCGGAACGCAUCGAUCGCGUGCUGGCCCAAGUCCAAAAGUGUAGCGACAGCAACAAGAGCAGCUAAUGAAAUGAUACCAAUCGGGAUCGGGAUCGGCAUCGAUAUCGAUAUCGAUAUCGAUAUUUUUGUAGCGAUCGUUUGGGAAUUGUCGCCAGACAUUGACUGAUAAGCUGUAAAUAUUGUUAAAACAAAAUACCUAAAGACAACAUUGAAAUGUUCGCUUUUGUUAAACAUUACUUUUAAGUUGUAUAAUCUAAUAUUAAUAAUUAAAAAACUAAACUUAAUCAAAUGCCAAAUGUUCACAACUGGCCCAACAGCUUCAACAGUCAAUAUAUAGAUCAACAUAACAUACAUACAUAUAUAUAUAUAUGUAACAAUCGGGCCAAGUACGAGUAUUAGCAGGUCAAUAUCGACAUCAGAUCAUUAUCAUUAUCAUUAUCAUUAUCAAAAGCGAGUAUUAAGCAAUGGUCUAUAUAGCUUAAGAGCUUAAGUCUAGCCUUACAAAUUGUUCAAUUCUGUACUGUAUUGUAUUAGCUAGUAGUUUGUAGUUUGAGAUACUUUUUGUGAUAUUUUGUUUAAGCAUUAGUGAAAAACUAAUUUAAAUCAAUAAGUAGCUAUCAUUUUUUUAUAUAAUUUA